GUGAACACACGCGACGAUGCGCGGCGAACGCGCCGCUCGUGACACGCGGCACAACAAGGAUCACGAAAAUUUAAAAUCAUCACUUAAAAAGGGGAAUAAAUCAAAAAAGCAUAGAGUUGUCUUCGACGAGACUGCUAAUGAAUUUUUUGAGGCGGAUUACAUUAUUGUUGUCCGUGAUGAAUGUGGAUAUUCUGAUGAAGGAGAAGCGGAUGAAUGCUCAGGGUGCGGCGCGUGCGAGCGCUAUCAGGAGCCUGAGCCUGGUGCCCUCAGUCCACCAGAAGGGUACAAAGAUAUGGGGCUAUUCAACCGGGAUGGCACUUUGCGUGAGCAGGCUUGGUGGGAAGCGGGAGAUGUUGUUUUGGUAGGAGAGAGAUCAGGGACGGUUUUCACCCCGCAGCAUCUGCAGCUUCUGCGACGGCUGCAGAGGGAGAGGAUGAUGCGAUCGUCAGUUUGCGCUGACUGCGAUGCACAUACGAUCCACCAGCCUCUGGGUCUCGAACACAACUACGAAGAGGAGGAAGGUAGUGAUGUAGACCGAGAACUAAGGCCAAUAGCGCGACGCACGGGCAAGCACAUAGCUGCUGGCGAAGAAAGACCAAGGAUCAACUCUAGUCAACAAACUACACCUAUUGAAGAAUGCGCUCCAGAUAUUAUAUGCAUAGAUGAGAUACAGCCCGAGGUGCAAACGGCGCCUCUAACGAGCGAAGAAAGUGAUACGGCUGAUACUGAAGGACGAGUGUCGCUAGAGGGUUCACCGCUGCGACAACGACGCGCAGGAAUUCUAAAGGGCGGCAGGCUUUGGAAAUCCUUGGACAUGGAUAGAGAAGGCAGUGAACAGAACGACGAUCAGCGGUCAACAACAGCCAGCGACGAAGAUGGUUCAGUGACACCCAGAUCGGUACGAUUCGUUGAAAGGGCAAAAGAAGCGGAGGAUGAGGAGAAAAAUAAAAACGCAACUACGGGUCAGCAAACACAGAACUUGGAUGAGUCUACACAAAGGGAAAUACCGUCUACGCAUAGGUUGGAUACUCCGCUAAUACUAACAGCGAAUGCGUCGAAGACCAAUUCUGCGGUACAACAACUGUUUACCAGUAAUCGACCUCCACCACCCGCUAUAGAACCACAGCUAAUCACAUCAGAAACGUUACGUGCUUGGGACGCUGGCGUAAGACCGAAGGCGGAAGAUGCCGCUGUACGACGUGUGGCAGAAAGAAAUGCAAUCAGGUGUUCACUUCUUCGAACUGAGACGAGGAAAAAGCAACAGCCAAAGCAGCAAGAAGGCACGUCACUCUCUGAAAGGAUACGGUUGCUAACUUGCGAUGUCGAAGACGAAGCGGAGGAACAACGAUCAUCACCAGCUGGAGCUAGUGUCGACAAAUUCUCAAGCAGCAGUGACAAAUCCAGCGACAAAUCGUUCAACGGUGUCGAUAAGAGCAAUGAGAAGGCAUUUGGUAGCGGUUCAUCGAGUUCGUCCUCGUCGACAUUGUCGGCUCCGCCCACGCGGCAGCGACCUCCCGACUUGGGGGACGUUCACCAAGAACCACACAAGCCUCGACCGGAACCACGUAGGCAAUUCCUGUCAACGCUUGCCCCGCUUACGGCCUGUGUGGGAAAUGCAGCUCACCACGAAGGAUUCUACUACGUGGCACCAGGAGAUCGCACUACCGCUUCCGCAAACACUGAGGUGGACCUGCGUGAGAUCAAUGAUGCUCCAGCCCCAGAUGUCAUCGCGGGCACACCUGGUGCCACAGAGAAUGAUGAUAGCUUGGCAGCGUUCGCCAGGGCGUCAGCUCCUAGGACAGAGAGAAUACGCCAACGUUACGGUCAAGAUUCGCAGCCGGUCAGCAGUGAUGAUGAGCAUGAUGAUUAUGGCUUCCAUCGUCGGCCAGCGGUCAGAGGUAUAGCAGUAAAGCAGCAGUUGGGCGCCUCAGACGAUAUUUUGCAGCAGAUGCAGAAUGAAUUGCAGCCCACACCAAGCUCGACUCCAAUGCAAAUGCCGACUCACGCCUGUCAACGGACUACAAGUGCGAAUUAUGCUUGGCCAUAUUACUCUGAAGCAAAUCUCAACUCCCGACCGCAGAGCAGGGCAAGUGUUCAUACUAAUUGGUCUACAAAGUCUUCCGAUUACGUCACAGCCCGUCAGUGCAACUCUACUCCAGUACCACAACAACACACAGACGCAUGCUACGCACACGCUCAAAACAUGGCUUCGUACACACAUUACCAACAGCAUCGUCAACAGCAAGAGAAUAUGUACAGAAAUAAUUGCUCGCUUUACGCUAAUAUUGGUUGCUCGGAUAGUAGUCAGGAACUUUAUAGCUCUCAAACGAGUUCGGAACAAGCUUCGCCUGUGCGGUCUUCCUCUCGAUGUCGAAGGCCGGAGUCACCGCCGCCUAUCAGAAGUCAUCAUCAGCUUCUCUACGUGCCAUAUAGCAGCCAUUAUCAUUAUCAACAUGACUACGCCCAACAAUGGACCGCUAAUGACUAUGGCCGCAUGCAUUCCUACUAUCAGCAACAAACCCGUAGCGGAGCCAGUACGCCUCAACCUGUGCCCGCUCAGUCGCAACCCGUCGCUGCUCAACCCCAGCGGGCACACUAUACCCAUCCCUUGCAGUUACAAACUUUAUGCCCUGCGCCGGCACGAUACAGAACUGUACCCGCUCCCCAACCUGGUGGAGGCAAGCAGAUGAUAUGCUAUUCGGAAAAGGUGGCGCCUCCAAUGUACCAACCGGCACCGGGGUCGCCAUCUAGAGCGGCUAGGGGUGCACCAGAAGGUGCCCCAUCUGGGACAAAUGCAAAAGCAAACACCACUUCGCCAAUGACUGUUCCUCCGAAUCCCAUAUACUACGCUAUGAACGUCUGAUCUAAGGAUUAGAUAUUUGGAAUACACACCUGGACAUGAUGGAGCAUGGAUAUGCUACAAAAAGUACAUGAUAUCGAAGAUGCAUUGAUCUAUAAAUCAACGAAGAAUAAUCAUUGGGUUUUGUUGUCUUUCGAAAUUUGUAAUAGUAUGAUACGGCUUUUUAAAGAUCAUGAAAAUUGUAUUGCGUUUAAAAUAUGUAUAU